AUGCUGACGAUCAUUAAUCACGAAGAGCACCGUCUCCCGGUCAGAGUUGAAGCUCAGUACUGUGACGGUUCGACUGUCGUGUCCGACGAUGUCUACCGUGUGCUCCACAACAAGGUAGAGCAGGCACGGUGACUUGCGCGUGAAUUAGUCUACAGUGAGAGUUGGCUUGCGCAGCAUCUACCGCACUCCCUCAUCCUCCUCACCUGGGUCUGGUGUCAAGACAUAGUCAAGAAGACCGGAGGCGAGAGAGCGCGCGGAUGGCUGGCGCGGCCGGACCCGCACCUUGGCCUGCCGCCACGCCCCCUGGUCCACUAUAAACACAUGACCAGGAUUUUAACCAACAACAACACCACAACGGUUUAGAAAGACAAGGAUGACUAGACAGCCAUGCUCAUGACCUGUAUACCCAGCAGGAACGCAAGCGUAUCUACCGGCGCGGAACUCGGGGCCAGAGAACUGCCAGCGCACACCGGGCUGCGGGAGCCAUGGUUUGCUGAUUAGGCAUAGCAGAUGCUUACACUCCUUGUGGCCCUCAAUAUUGUAGCAUAGCAUCGACAACCAGGGUGACGGACAUAUUCAUCAGCAGUACUUCGUCCUGCUGGUCAUUACAUCUUGACACUGGCUGGCCGGUAUCAUCAAACGCAGUCGGUGCCAGUACGCCUACUUAACUGAUUUCACUAAAUUAGCGACACAAAAGUUUUCGACCACUGCCCUACGACCGAACGCACCUAUAAUUUAUCAACCAACCUUAUUAUUGCAGAGCGUGCCUUUUCAACUUCAUAUUCAUAUGCUUCUUGAUCAUUUUAUCCUGUCCUCUUUCUCCUUGUUUAGACGUACGGUUGGCUGAGACCUUCGGAGCACCCAGUCGAUGUCCAUCAUAAAUUUGACCCCAACACUAAUCCUUACAAGCUGUUAGAGCUCCAAGUAAGCAUUUAUUCGAUCUUCUACAUGUUUUUUUCGUUGCCUUGCUGUCUAAAGUAGUCGCGCAGUGAUUCGCCUGUGGUAGUGUUUUACACACUUUAGUCUAUUAUUACUUAUUAAGUCCUCAGGUGGCAUUAGGAAAAUCCUUUUGAAACUUCAUCGUAGUGCGCUGACCAUCAGUCUGCUCGUCGUUAAUAACCCAAAAAAUAACGGGCAAUUUGUGAAUAUCCGCAGUCUUUCACUAUCUUAACUCUAAAUCUGGAGGUUUACAGUGGUUAGCUCGGGAAAAGAAGAGGCCAAAUGGUACAUUCAUUGCAUCACUCCCCUCCUUAGGAAGCUCGCCUGAUUCUAUGCCGUUGUCUAUGCGUCGUGUCCUAGUCGCUCCAGCGAAAUAGAUCCAAGGUGCCUUUGUAAUGUCGACAUGGUCGACACCUUCGACUGUGUUUGUUCCAUCCGGCGACCAGAUUGAUAGAGCGCCGCUUCUGUGAUUGUAUAUUCUCGAUGGCACCUUGCGGGGUGUGGGCCCUUGGCUUAGCUGAUGGAGCGUUCGACUAAGUGACUCAGGUUAUUUCAGUCUGGGCCUAGGGUAUGAUCGACUAAAAGAACCAAAAAUGAAGAUUCUAGCCGCCUUUGCAUUUGUCGGCAUUUCCUUUUUUGCGCCUGACUUCAGUAUCAAAUUUUGUUUCCAGGAACAGAAACUGGCCGACACGCGCGAUUUCAUAGAUGAUCUGGGCGUUGAGAUAGCCGACCUCAAGAAGGAUAGGGCGCGUCUGCGUGAACAGGUGGACCGACUGGACGCGAUGUGCAAAAGGGUCAGUUAGAAGUUGUCUACAUCUGUCGUCUGCUUCUGUGCCCCGUUUUAUUUCUCCUCCAUUUUACAGUUUGAAAAAGAGGCUGCAGACAAAAACCACCAGCUCCAACGCUACCAAGACUUCUUUCAGAAGCUUUUUGAGCCGAAGCGGGCUGCGGAGUUCGCUGAGAUGGUAGCGAUGAAGUUUAAAAAGGCCAGCAGCUUGCACUCCUCGGAAGGCGGUUCGCGAACCCUUUCCAAGGACUCUACGAAGAAGGACAGCCGCCUCGAUGUCCCCCAGGCACGAACUACACCAGCAACCUCUCAAGGUGUGCGCCAAUUGUUUACUUGGUUGUUACUUGCGCUCGCGCGAGCAUGUCCGGGCGGCUCACCGAAGAGUUCUGUUUUAUCACCUCUCGGCGUGCCUUAAUAAACCUAGUCUCAUAAGUUGUUUGUCAACUUCCGGAAGUGCCUUUUGAUGCAUUUUUAGGUCGGGCCUAUAUAUGCUUUGACAAGAUGGGAAAAAAUACUUGAACGACAUAGACCGGGGCGGUCACAUCGUUCGCAUUCUUUUUAACAGUAACGUCGUGUUCUAAGUGAGUCCCUCCUCACCUAGGGUCCCUUUACCUCAAUGCCAGUCCAGAGUAAUUUCGUUUUUGUAACUUUGACGGAUAAACCAACUGGCCUGACCAUUUCACUUGUUACACGCAUUUCAUGUCGUAGCUCGACGCUAGGACGAUGUCAGACAGUCGGGACUUAGAUACAGACUCGGCACCGGUAUCUGGAAAAUUAGGUCAGUGAUGGCGUGAACAGAAUGGUUGAUGCCUUUCAGACGUUUUGCGGAAUUUCGAAGAGAGGGGGCAGCUUUUAAUACAGCACUUGAUAACAGCGUUCCACCACUGCACUUUUAAACUGAUGGGUUUGCAGCAUUGACUAUUACAUCUCACUGCCUGAAGGGAUUCCGAUUCCAGCGGCCGCGAUAGUUCUAUCAUGCCACAAAAUUGCCUUCAGACAGUCAUCGCCGCCGGUGGUGGUGGUUAUUUUUGAAUGAAACCCUUAGCUCUAUGUUUUGCCUGAUUUUUCCAUAUCUUGCACACCUCUUUAUCGGGUACCCUUUUUGAUGCAAACUAUUCUGGAUUAUUUAGCCAUCUCUCCUGAUGGCAUGACCAGGCUUAGCGCCAGUAAUUUUCAAAGACCAGCCCCGGUUUCGGUCCGCCAGACUGUCCCGUUUCCACCCUCGGACUUCAUGGAAAAGGAGAACAAACAAGACGGCGUAAGCUUCGUUUGUUUCAGCUCAUACCCCUUAUUGUGUAUUCGCCAAUGGCUGUUGACGAGGUAAUGCCCUAUGCAUUCAAACGUCAUAAACGGGUGUUUUUUCCAAAAUCAGACUGGAGUUCAAUCUCUCCUCGUUUAAUUUAAGCCGUAACCCUUGUGGUUGCGUAGUUUAGGCGUCGUUCUGUAGUUGCAUCUUCAGCUGUUAUGGAAGUGGUUGGAAAGAGGAUAUAACACGGAAAGUUAGCGACAAAUACUGACCUCGUGCCCACAGUCUCAAGUAGCAUUCACGGAGGCUGUGCACGGCGGAGGGUCAAACCCAGUUGCGCCACCAGUUUUUUUAGUCUUAUAAACGAAUACCUGUAGUGUUUGCCCUUAACAGGCCAGAUGGCCGGUUUACACAAUUUUUCGGAAGUCGGCUACUCCGAAGCGUGCUUUGGAGUUUGCUGAGAUAGUAGCACCUUUAGAGGUUGCUGGUGUAAUGCAUUCCUGUAAGGCAUUGAGGCCGCCGUCCUUUUUUCCGAGUCACUGGAAGGGGUUCCCGAACCGCCUUCCGACGAGUGCAAACUGUUAGCUCUUCUAAAUUUCAUCACGACUUCGUCGGUAACAGGUUGGCACGGGCAGGACUUACCUGUUUGUGUCACUUCGUAUUCUACCUCAUGACAAGGAGUGUCAGCUGUUCCUGUCGCGUUUGUAGCAAACAACGUCGUUAGUGCACGGCUUGCUGGCAUACAGUCGGAUAUCAUUUAGAUUAUUCAAUCAGGUCUCCAUUUCAGCUGGUCUAGUUUGCAUCAUUUUGAGUAAUGAUGUGACCGGCUGAUUUAGCCACAACAAAUGCAAAAUUUGUAGUCGCUUGUUUCCGCAGAGAAGCCGAGUAGGAUGCUUUUGCGAUUAGUACUUAUAUGCAUAGGAUAUUUAUGCCCUGGCAUUCCGGACAUCAGUUUGAGACCCCCGCUCUCAAAAUUACAUGACUUUGAUAGGUUCUUGCCAGCUUAGUCUACCGCGCCGUACAACUAAGAGACCGAUUUUAGGGAAUACAGUUGUUUAGUCAUAGACUUUGUGCAACACACGGCGACUCCAGCCACUUCCUAGGCUAACGCCGGGUGGGUAGCAAUGGGCAAAACAGACUAUAACGAACCAUCGCCCUAACAGCACCAAAAAGGCGGAACUCAGCAACACCUUUCAGAGCAACAAAGUUAGGAAUUCUAGUCCACCCACACUGAAUUGGUCUUGGAGCUGUAUCUCAUCCGCAAUAUUUUACUGGCUUUCUAUCUUUCCGUUCUGCUUUUCCAUUUUAGUUUACGGCGCAGCCGCACCUUUCUCGCUCGCGGCAGGCCUUGCUGUCUAUAAAUUCAAAUCAGUGGGUUGCGGAUGCCACUUCUCCCACCCAGCACACAGUCCAGACGCUCAAGAAGCCCGCUGAAGAAGCUGUUCCCAAACCCAUGUGGGAUAAUAAGCGGUUAAAGCUGAGCGAAGUACGUUCAACCUGCACAUGGUGAAAAUUUAUUAGUCCUUCUGAAGAGCCGCUGCCUUUAAUGCACUUCGUAAAGAAGUUACAACUCGUAUCAGUGUUGAAGAGAUAUUUUCAUCGUAAUUAGGCCUGAGACCACUAUGAAGACGGUUCCUUGUCAGCUCAGCCAUUAGUUCCUUGAUUGGAAGACGAAAUACGAACGACUGUAUUCAGCACGAAUCAAAAUCUUGCAUAA